ACACACUCUCCUUUUUCAACCUUCCCACCCCCAGCCACCCAACCCUCCCCAUCUCUCAAGUUGGAUCCAUUACCUUGGAGUCCCGACCUUCUCUACCUGUUGUUCACAGCACACCUGUACCCAGCACAGGCAUUUCUUGAUCUUGUCUCCAUUUCCUGCACCAACUUUGAGGACCAGGCCUUACUUUUUGUCGCAUAAGCACACCCAUAGCGCAGAUGGCCGAACUCCAAAACUACGGCGGCUCCGAUGAGGAGAAUGCUGAGAUUCGCAAGCUGAACACUGAGGUGGAGACCGACCCUGACAGCUUCGAAGCCUGGGAAAAGCUGGUGCGCGCGUGCGAGAGCCUCGAUGGAGGCCUGAACAGAAAUUCGAGCCCCCAGGCCCUCACAACGUUGCGCAACACCUACGACCGUUACCUUCUCAAAUUUCCUCCCCUCUUCGGAUACUGGAAGAAGUAUGCCGAUUUGGAAUUUAAUAUCUCGGGCCCAGAGUCUGCAGAGAUGAUCUACGAGCGAGGCUGCGCUAGCAUCACCAACUCGGUCGAUCUCUGGACAGACUAUUGCUCCUUCAAGAUGGAGACUACCCACGAGCCCGCCCUUGUGAGAGAGCUAUUUGAGCGCGCAGCUACACAUGUGGGGCUGGACUUUCUGGCCCACCCCUUCUGGGACAAGUACAUUGAGUACGAGGAGCGGCAGGAAGCGCACGACAAGAUUUAUGCGAUCUUGAAACGUGUUAUUCACAUUCCAAUGCACCAGUAUGCCAGAUACUACGAGCGAUUCCGAACCCUCUCGCACUCUCGGCCCUUGGACGAGGUCGUCGAGCCGGAACUGCUCACCCGCUUCCGCGCCGAGGUAGAGGCCGAGGCAGCCUCCUUCGGUACAGUCAAGUCAGAGGCAGAGAUUGAGCGUGACGUCCGUGUCAAGACAGACGGCAUGUUCUACGAGGCCUUCCAGAAGACACAGACGGAGACAACCAAGCGCUGGACAUACGAGUCAGAGAUCAAGAGGCCAUACUUCCACGUCACCGAGCUCGACCACUCGCAGCUUGCCAACUGGCGAAAGUAUCUGGACUUCGAAGAAGCGGAGGGCGACUUUGCCAGGAUCACCGCCCUGUAUGAGCGCUGUCUGGUGACCUGCGCCUUCUACGACGAGUUCUGGUUCCGGUACACGCGGUGGCUGUCAGCUCAGCCUAACAAGGACGAGGAUGUGAGGAACAUCUUCCUGCGCGCGGUGACGCUCUAUGUGCCGGUUAGCAGGCCAGGCAUCCGGAUGCAGUUCGCGUACUUUGAAGAAGCAAGCGGCCGAGCGGAUAUUGCCCGCGCGAUCCACGAAGCGAUCCUCCAGAAGCUGCCGAACUGCGUCGAGGCGAUUAUCUCGUGGGCCAACCUGGAGCGGCGGCAGAGCGGUCUUGAUGCUGCAAUCGAUGUGUACAAGGCACAGAUCGAUUCGCCUGCUGUGGAUCUGUACACCAAGGCCGCGCUUGUGACACAAUGGGCUGUGUUGUUGUGGAAGGUGAAGGGCUCUGUGGACGAGGCGCGCACUGUCUUCCACAACAACGUGCAGUGGUACGCAGACAGCCGGGAGUUCUGGAGCAAGUGGCUGGAUUUCGAACUCGAGCAGCCCACCAACACCGAGCUGGAGCCCGAACACGGUGAGCGGAUCCAGAAGGUCAUCGAAGAGAUGAAGACCAGGAGCCGCAUGUCUAUCGUGACCAAAAAGGAGCUCUGCAUGAAGUACCUAGACUACCUGCAGCGGCGUGGUGUCAAGGAUGCCAUGAAGAAAUUCCUGGAGAUUGACCGAGAGAUGGCAGGACCCGCCUCCAUCUCCAAAGACAAGUUCUCUGCCAAGGAUAACGGGACACCAGUAGGCGAACUUGACGAAGCCUCCCGGAUCAACGCCGAGACUCGGUAUUUCAGCUACUACGAACUGUACAGUGAACCAGAUCCUAAGGCUACUGGUAUUGCGGAUUUCAACUAGUAGUAGGCCUCAUUUGCUUCUCCUUUACAUGUUGGUCUCAGCCUGUGGGAAAACAGAAAGGCCUGGGGUGUGAGAGGAAAACAAAGAUGAAAAUUGAAUGCAUCGUCGGCGCUCUGCUGUAUACUAGGUGUUUUGGGGCUGAAUUGGAUGUACGAUGAUGGGUGGGAGGUACAGCUGAACUCUAUGAGGGAUGUGCGAGUCUUAGAUGAUUCGAGCCUGGGUGGUGGUGGCAGUAGUCCUUGAUGCAGCCAGGCGAUGCGGUCUUCUGAACACACAAAAAUUGAGAUUGGGGAAUCACCUGUCACGAUGGUAGAAGAAGAAGGAGAAGAAAAUGGUCUAGACUCGCGCAUGUGGUAUCUGAGUAAUAAUGUCCAGACAAGUAUCUCG